AUGACGUCAGAGCUCCCACAGCAGCAUGUCUGUGAGGAGGAGGAGGUUCUCACUGACCAGCAGCUCUGUGACCAGGAGAGGAACUCAAGUCUGGACCAAGAGGAACCAGAGCCUCCACAGAUUCAAGAGGAACCAGAGCCUCCACAGAUUAAAGAGGAACAAGAGGAACCAGAGCCUUUAGAAAUUAAAGAGGACCAAGAGGAACCAGAGCCUUCAGAAAUUAAAGAGGACCAAGAGGAACCAGAGCCUUCAGAAAUUAAAGAGGACCAAGAGGAACCAGAUCCUCCAGAAAUUAAAGAGGACCAAGAGGAACCAGAGCCUCCACAGAUUAAAGAGGACCAAGAGGAACCAGAGCCUUCAGAAAUUAAAGAGGAACAAGAGGAACCAGAGCCUCCACAGAUUAAAGAGGAACAGGAGGAACCCUGCACCAGUCUGGAGAGAGAACAGCUGGUACUGAAGGAGGAGACAGAAAUCUUGAUGUGGACUCCUACUUGUGAGGAAAGUAAAGAUCAGACUCUGGACUUGAGUCCUGAUGAAACUCAAAUGGCAGCAGAGGAAGAGCAAGUUGUAAACGUGUCAGUACAAACAUUUAAAACCUCUAAGAAACCUGAACCAGACAGUGACGAGCAGCUCCUCUCUCACAACUCUAAUAAUCUCCAAGAUCACAAAGAAGGCAAACAUGAAGACUCAGGAUCAACUAGAAAUGCAGAACCAAAACCACAGAGGAGACAUCAUAGUAGAGAAAUUCACAACAUUGAAGACAAGUCUACCACUUUAAAGAUUCAGAGUAAUACUUUUACAGGGAAACAGUGUUUCGAAUGUGACACUUGUGGGAAAUCAUUUGCACGCAAGUCCAAUUUUAACAGACAUCUGAGACUCCAUACAGGUGAGAAGCUGUACACAUGUGGCACCUGUCAGAAAAGAUUCUCUGAGAUGAGCAGAUUAAACGUGCACAUGAGAACACACACAGGAGAGAAGCCGUACCCAUGUAACUUUUGUGAGAAAAGAUUCUCUAUGGUGGGAACAUUAAAUCGUCAUUUGAGAACACACACUGGUGAGAAGCCGUACUCCUGCAGCACCUGUGGGAGAAGAUUUCGCGAAAUGAAAGCAGUCAACAGACAUAUAAGAACACACACAGAUGAGAGGCCAUACCCAUGUAACACUUGUGGGAAAAAAUUCUCUCAGUUGGGCAAAUUAAAAGUGCACAUUAGAAUCCACACAGGUGAGAAACCGCACCCAUGUAACACUUGUGGGAGAAAAUUCUAUGUGCUCUCAGCAUUAAAACGACACAUGGGAAUCCACACAGGUGAGAAGCCAUAUCCAUGUGACACUUGUGGGAAGAAAUUCACUGAGCUAGGAAAAUUAAAAGUGCACAUGAUGACACACACAGGUGAGAGACCGAAUGCAUGUGACACUUGUGGGAAGAAAUUCCCUGAGCUAUGGGCAUUAAGACGACACAUGAGAAUCCACACAAGUGAGAAGUUGUACAAUUGCAAAACUUGUGGGAGAGAGUUCAGAUAUACUCAUCACUUGAAGAUGCACAUGAGAAAACACAUGGAAAAAGAUUCUGUCUGA